ACUCAAUUGCAUUAACAAUAGAAAUUAUCGAAACAUUAGAAAUUUCACAGAUUCCAAUUAUACAACCAGAUCAGAAUAUUGCAGUAAUUAUUCAUGCCAUUUUUCUCCUGGAAUAAUUAAUUCGGUUGUCAAAAUCCAUUGCUUUUCCAAAUUUCAUAAUGAUAUAAUAUUCAUUUUUAGAACUUCUUCCUUUACAUAUAUCGAGUUGUCAUGACGUACAACAAAAUGUCAAAUUUCAGGUAGUUCAACUACCUUCAAAAGUUCAAAAUCAUAAAAAAAAAACAAAUUUAUUUUUAUUCAUCCCAUAUGAAAGUUAGGAAAGUUCAGAAAAUGAGGACAAUCUAGCAACGCUGCCGUCUUCCAGCUAACCACCUGACUGUCCUGACAGAUCCAUAGAAAUUCCGAUGGCAGCGCCACAAAGCUAUAGAGGAAAAUUGAAGUGACGGAAUUUGGAAACAGAAAAUGACAUUCAACUUUGACAACUUGCCUUUGUUUAUUAUUAUUUGCUUCAAGAGUUUAAUUCAGAUGAUAUGUACUCUUGAGUAAAAUUAUGGAACGACACAUUAAACAUUUAAUAAGUGUUCUAAUUAUUGGAUGUUUGGUAUUUGAAGGAGAACCGGCACGUUACAAUGUUGAUAUAUCCUCCUACGACCCUAAUGAUAUUAGUACACAUACUUUUUUUCAAAAUAUAUUUUUGUCCGAUCAAGAUGAUGAUGAAGUUAUUGUGAGCAGUUCGUCGAUGAAAUAUAGUGGUUUCUAUAUCCUUCAAGUGCAUUCACAACGUUUGAACAUUUCACUAACGCACAGUGAAGAUAUAAAGAAACAUGCUAAUGGUUAUAACAUUGGCAUCCUCCAAUUUUUCCAGGAAACUUUUUCAGAUACCUUUUUACUCCAGAGCCGAAUUCAAAAUGAUACAUUAUUACUUGAAGAAGUUCUGAUUGCCGUUACAAUUUAUAAUGACAAAGCUCCAAUUCCUGGUGGAUGUGAAACAAAUCAAAGGAAAACACCAAUGUUGAAUGUUUUCAAUGGUCCAAGCAUUAUUACCGUAAAAGCUGAAGCUCCAUCAUCCAAUGAUCAUUCUUGUAAUGACAGUAUGCAUGAUGUGAUGAUAGAGGUUUAUCACAAAUACUUGCCAAGUCAGGUUUUCAGUAAAUCUCAAUAUUUUGAUGGUCUAAGCGGCAUGCUCAGUGUUGAAGGAAUUAAAUCGAAUGGUAGCUUAGUUGCUAUUCUUGAAGGUUACACCAAUUUAGAGAAAUUCUUCAGCUCCUACAUAGGAACGGGAGAAGUAUUUGCUGUUCUCGUAUAUAAAAAUUCAAUGGUAUCAGCCUAUGUUCCGGCAGUUUCUUAUGGUGGGGAUAUAAAUUAUCUGAUUGAGAAAGACGAGAAAGGUACCAGCGGCCAAGAUGUUUUUAUUGUGUUAUUCAGCACAUUGCCGUUCGUGGCACUCGUUAUAAUCUAUAGAGGACAUGCAUUCUUUCAUUUCACCACCUUCUCCCUCGGACUUUCCUGCGGAACGAUCCUCUCAUUUUUUUUUCUGAGCAAAGAGGGUGCCACAACAAUCGAUCAUACCUUCUUCAUAUCCCUCAUGAUUGGGCUUCUUUAUGGUUCGAUAUGGUUGGGCAUAUGGUACAAGUUUGGGGUGCCGUUGCUGUCUGCAACUUUGACAUUCUUACACGCCGGAGCGCUCUUCACAUCUAUCAUUUAUCAUUUUGGACUUGCGGACGAUGAAAAUUUCCAUAUCAACGCCAUCUAUUGGACAAUCUUCUUCGGUAUUGUGUUCAUGUGCUGGUUCUCCCUCUCAAUGUUCACAAUGCACGGUCAUAUUUUGUCAUGUUCCUUCUUGGGAUCGUAUAUAUUGAUGAUAACCACUUUAAAUUUCUGGGUUGGUGGUAAUCUGCAGUAUAUCAUGAUCAACGUUUACAGAAGGAUGUUCGUGUCUGGCUUCAAUGUUGCCAUUCUGAAACCUCCCUUUCAAACUUCAGACCAUAUCAUCUCUUUGGUCGGUCUCCUGUUCAUCCUUCACGGUUUCAGCAAGCAGUUGAAGAAUCAACGAGGAAAACCGCCAUUUCCACCGCACAAUACUUUCCGAAUGGACGCAGAAAGGUCACCUCUUUUGGGUAAUUUCUAAGAAUAUCAUUUUUUUGAGGUACAUGACCAGACAAUGCUGCUUUUUAGCUUUAGUUUUCUGUCGUUGAUGAAUUAUUCAAGUGUUUAGUAUUGAGAUAGCUGUUUUUCUAUCUGUUUUAUAAUGUAUUGAAGUGAAUAAAAUUAGGUUAUGUGUU